CUCUGUGCCCUGACAGUGAGAAUAAGGCAGGUGUAGCUAUUUUAAAUGUAGCUGUUUCAAUCUAAUGUAGAAAGUUAGAUAAUUUAUUUCGCCUUAAUGCAAUGUGGGAAAGAUUAAAAACCUGUGCAAUACAGUAUCACUUACAGUAAAACUUUGACCUUAGGCCAGAGUGAUGCCAGUAUUAGGCAGUGGCUAUACUGGCCAUGCCCUUGGGCGUCAGGCCACGCAACUCAGCAGUCUGAGGACACGCUAAAGUAGCAUUAGUGCGGUGUAGAGAAGCUGUUUGUGGUUUGGAAUGGAAGUGAACAACAUAAAGGGCAUUUAACAAAGAGCACAGCUAUGGGGCGGCUAUGGGACUGGGCAGCAGACAUUCCUUUCUGUGUGCGACAGUGUUUCUCUCACCUCAGGCCAAAACCAUAGUGCAAUGCCUCACUGGCAUGGCACAGUAGCGAUAACGUCCCAAGUAGGGGUCUAAAUUGGGAAGUCAGACUUGAUAAGGAGUCCCCGACAGCGGGCGAGCGAGCAAGGGGAGCGAAUGCCGCAGCAACACAGGGAGUCAUAGAGGACGAGCGGUCAGUCAUAUCGGGGUUGGACUGCGAAUCGGGCGCAAACUGGUCUACGCCAACUCAUUGCAGGACUACAUUUUUAAUUUUUUACCAGUUUUUCGACGUUUUUAAGCGAUGGAGAAUGCAGAAAGUUCUGAGACGGAUGUUGUGGAUCCGUCUACGGUGCGACAGAGGAUAAUGAGCAUUGUUAGGGAGAAUGCUGAGCUUCCACCAAUGCCAUUUGGAGAGCCAGGUGUGUCGUUUGCCAGGAGGUGCAGCUUGAUCCUGAGUGAUGUUAAGUAUAAAGAAGAGUAUGAAAAAUCCAAGUUACAUUACUCAAUUGGUCCAGACAUACCUGAGAUUCAGCAUGCCAAACACAUGGGCACCAUUCAGUCAGAGAAUAAGUAUAAAGAGGAAGGCAAGAAGGAGGCUGCCUUCUCCCUCUACCAUGUGAUGCCAGAAACCAUGGAGACGCAGCAUGCACGAGAGGCAGCCGAGUUACGCAACGAGAUUAAGUACCGUGAGAGUGGGAAGAGUGAGUGCACCACCUCGCUGUACGCACUGCUGCCGGAGACCCUGGAGACUCAGCUGGCCAAGGAACACGCUGAGCUGCUGAGCGACAAAAAGUACAGAGAGGAGGGGAGGAAGGAGAUCUCAACCAGCCUGUACUCACAGCUCGCUGAGACCACAGAGACACAGCAUGCCAAGACUGUUGCGGAGCAGCUGAGUGAGAAAGUGUACAGAGAGGCCGGUAAGAAGGAAGUGAGCAGCUCUCUGUAUCACCAGAUGCCAGAGACUAUGCAGACCCAGCAUGCCAAGGAAGUCUCUGAGCUACAGAGUGAGGUCAAAUACAAAGAGGGACGCAGGGGCACAGCUGCCUCCAUCUACGCAACGAUGCCCGACACCCUGGAGACCCAGUUCGCCCGCGAGAUGACGGAGAUGAUUAGCGAGAACAAGUACAAAGAGGGUGGUAGAAAGAGCAUAUCCUGCAGUGUCUACUCACAGCUAGCAGAAACUUCAGACACCCAACAUGCCAAAGCUAUGGCUGAGCUGACCAAUGAAAGAAAGUACAAAGAGGCAGGCAAGAAGGAAGUGAGCAAGAACCUCUACUCUGUUCUUCCUGAGACUCUGGAAACCGCACAUGCCAAGGAGGUGUCUGAGCUGUUCAGUGAGGUCAAAUACAAAGAGGAGGGAAAGCAAGAAAAUGCUUCAAGUCUUUACCAUGUGAUGCCCGAUACAAUGUCCACUCAGCUUGCUAGAGAGGUUGCAGAAAUGCAAAGUGAGAAAAAUUACAGAGAGAAGGGUAAAAAAGAGGCCUCCACCAGUAUCUACCACCAACUUGCUGAGACCACAGAGACCCAACUGGCCAAACAGAUGUCAGAGCUGCAGAGUGAGACCAAGUACAGAGAGGCUGGGAAGAAGGAAGCCGAGUCCUCUCUCUACCAUCAGAUGCCAGUUACAAUGGCAACAGAGCACGCCAAAGAGGCUGCCGAGUUACUCAGUGAGAAAGUGUACAGGGAGGCCGGUAAGAAGGAAGUGAGCAGCUCUCUGUAUCACCAGAUGCCGGAGACUAUGCAGACCCAGCAUGCCAAGGAAGUCUCUGAGCUACAGAGUGAGGUCAAAUACAAAGAGGGACGCAGGGGCACAGCUGCCUCCAUCUACGCGAAGAUGCCAGACACCCUGGAAACCCAGUUUGCCCGGGAGAUGACGGAGAUAAUUAGCGAGAACAAGUAUAAAGAGGGUGGUAGAAAGAGCAUAUCCUGCAGUGUCUACUCACAGCUAGCAGAAACGGCAGACACCCAACAUGCCAAAGCCAUGGCUGAGCUGGCCAAUGAGAGAAUGUACAAAGAGGCAGGCAUGAAGGGUGUGAGCAAGAAUCUGUACUCCCUCCUUCCCGCCACACUGGAAACUGCACAUGCAGCUCAUGCGUCUGAGCUUCGCAGUGAGGUCAAAUACAAAGAGGAUGGAAAACUAGAAAACGCCUCCACUAUUUACCAUGUGAUGCCUGAUACACUGACCACUGAGUUUGUCAGAGAGGUUACAGAAAGACAAAGUGAGGUGAAGUACAGAGAGAAGGGUAAAAAGGAGGCCUCCACCAGCAUCUACUCCCAACUUGCUGAGACUACAGAGACCCAACUGGCCAAGGAGAUGUCAGAGCUGCAGAGUGAGACCAAGUACAGAGAGGCUGGGAAGAAGGAAGCAGAGUCCUCUCUCUACCAUCAGAUGCCAGUCACAAUGGCAACAGAGCACGCCAAAGAGGCCGGAGAGUUACUCAGUGAGAAAGUGUACAGGGAGGCCGGUAAGAAGGAAGCGAGCAGCUCUCUGUAUUCCCAGAUGCCAGAGACUUUGGAGAUCCAACACGCCAGAGAAGCCUCAGAGCUACUGAGUGAGGUUAAAUACAAAGAGGGGAAGAGGGCCAGAUCAGCCUCCAUCUACGCAACGAUGCCAGACACUCUGGACACUCAGUUUGCCCGUGAGAUGACAGAGAUGAUGAGCGAGAACAAGUAUAAAGAGGAUGGGAAAAAAAGCGUUUCCUACAGUGUGUACUCACAACUACCAGAGACUGCAGAAAUACAGUUUGCCAAAGCUAUGGCUGAUCUGGCCAAUGAGAGAAAGUACAAAGAGGCAGGCAAGAAGGGGGUGAACAAGUGUCUGUACUCCCUUCUUCCUGAGACCCUGGAAACCAUGCAUGCCAAAGAGGUGUCCCAACUCUGCAGUGAGGUGAAAUACAAGGAGGAUGGAAAGCUGGAGAACUCAUCAAGUAUUUACCAUGUGAUGCCUGAGACUCUGACCACUCAGUUUAACAAAGAAGUUACAGAGAGGCAAAGCGAUGUGAAGUACAGAGAGAAGAGUAAAAAGGAGGCCUCCACCAGCAUCUACUCCCAACUUGCUGAGACUACAGAGACCCAACUGGCCAAGGAGAUGUCAGAGCUGCAGAGUGAGGCCAAGUACAGAGAGGCUGGGAAGAAGGAAGCGGAGUCCUCCCUCUACCAUCAGCUGCCAGUCACAAUGGAGACACAACACGCCAAAGAGGCUGCAGAGCUACUGAGUGAGAAAGUGUACAGGGAGGCCGGUAAGAAGGAAGCGAGCAGCUCUCUGUAUCACCAGAUGCCAGAGACUAUGCAGACCCAGCAUGCCAAGGAAGUCUCUGAGCUACAGAGUGAGGUCAAAUACAAAGAGAACAAGGGCACAUCCUCCUCCAUCUACGCAACGAUGCCAGACACCCUGGAGACCCAGUUUGCCCGGGAGAUGACAGAGAUGAUGAGCGAGAGCAAGUAUAAAGAGGAUGGAAAAAAGUCUGCUUCCUCCACUGUCUACUCACAGAUGCCAGACACAGCAGAAAUCCAGUUUGCUAAAGCUAUGGCUGAUCUGACCAACGAGAGAAAGUACAAAGAGGCAGGCAAGAAGGGGGUGAACAAGUGUCUGUACUCCCUUCUUCCUGAGACCCUGGAAACCAUGCAUGCCAAAGAGGUGUCCCAGCUCUACAGCGAGGUGAAAUACAAGGAGGAUGGGAAGCAGGAAAAUGCAUCAAGUCUUUACCAUGUGAUGCCUGAGACUCUGACCACUCAGUUUGCUAAAGAGGUUGCAGAAAAGCAAAGCGAUGUGAAGUAUAAAGAGAAGAGUAAAAAAGAGGCCUCCACCAGCAUCUACUCCCAACUUGCUGAGACCACAGAGACCCAGUUUGCCAAGGAGAUGUCAGAGCUGCAGAGUGAGGCCAAGUACAGAGAGGCUGGGAAGAAGGAAGCGGAGUCCUCUCUCUACCAUCAGAUGCCAGUCACACGGGAAACACAACAUGCCAAAGAGGCUGCAGAGCUACUCAGUGAGGUGAAAUAUAAGGAGGCGGGAAAGAAGGAGGCCGCCAGCUCCCUCCACUCCGUCAUGGCCGACACCUCACAGAUGCAGUUCGCUAAGGAAGUGAAAAACCUGAUGAGUGAGACUAAGUACAAAGAAGGCGGAAAGAAGAACAACAGCUCCAGUAUUUACUCCCAGCUCCCAGAGACCUCCGAGACUCAGUUUGUCAAAGCCGUCUCUGAACUCCAGAGUGAGACUAAAUACAAAGAGGCGGGUAAAAAGCAGGCGUCGAAUGCCCUCUACCACCAGCUUCCGGAGACCCUAGACACCCAACAUGCCAAAGAAGCCUACCAGCUGCAAAGUGAACUUAAGUACAAAGAGGGUGGCAAGAAGGAGAUCUCCUCCAACCUGUACUCUCUGCUGCCUGAGACUGCUGAGACCCAGUUUGCCAAGCAGCAAUCGGAACAGCGCAGCGAGUCGAAGUAUAAAGAAGACAUGAAGGAUAACUCCUCCACCCUCUAUUCCGUUCUUCCCGAGACCAUUGAGACAAAGUUCGCUAAAGAGAAAGGAGAGAUGUAUAGUGAGGCGAAGUAUAAAGAGGCCAGUAGGAAGGAGGCCUCCACCUCGUUGUACCAUACGCUGCCAGAAACACUGGAGACUCAGCAUGCUAAAGAGGCCUAUCAACUUCAGAGUGAGGUGGUGUACAAGGGGGGGAAGGGGGACUUCAAAGGCUCCACGUACACAAUGCUCCCCGACACCCUGGAGACCAGCUUCGCCAGAGAGAUGACUGAACUUCAGAGCGAUAACAAGUAUAAAGAGCGUGGAAAGAGGGAGAUGAAUGUCAGCAUCUACUCUCAGCUGCCCGAGACCAACGAGACUCAGUUUGUCAAAGCUGUGUCUGAGGUGGUAUCUGAGACAAAAUACAAGAAAGUGGGCCACAACAAGAUGCCUGCAUCACAGUACUCGACCAUGCCAGAGACUCUGGCUACCCAGCAUGCUAAACAUGCAUCUGAACUUCAAAGUGAGCUGAAGUACAAGGAGGGUGGUAAGAAGAAGAUGUCUCAGUGCCAGUACUAUGUCAUGCCAGAGACGGCACAGACACAACUGGCCAAAGACAUCACAGAGCUACAGAGCGAUGUCAAGUAUAAGGAAGGAGGCAAGAAGGACAUCUCCACCAGCCUUUACUCAACGCUACCAGAGACGUCAGACACCCACUUUGCCAAGCAGAUGUCCGAGAUGCAGAGCGAGAAUAAGUACAAGCAGGAGGGGAAGGAGGAGGCCUCUUACUCUCUGUACCAUCAGCUCCCAGAGACCCUGGAGAUGCAGCACGCCAGGGAGGCCUACCAGCUUCAGAGUGAGUCUAAGUACAAAGAAGCCGGAAAAAAAGAAGCAACUACCUCCCUCUACCAUCAUUUGCCUGAAACACUUGAGACGCAGCACGCCAAAGAAACCUCUAAGCUAGUCAGCAAUAUCAAGUACAAGGAGGAUGUAAAGAAGGAGCAGUCAUCCUCCCUCUACUCUCAGCUGCCCAACACCUUGGAGCUGCAGUUCGCCAGGGAGGUCACAGAACUGCAGAGUCAGACAAAGUACAGAGAGAGCGGCAAGAAGAACCACAGCUCCAGUAUUUACUCCCAGCUCCCAGAGACCUCCGAGACUCAGUUUGUCAAAGCCGUCUCUGAACUCCAGAGUGAGAAUAAAUACAAGGAGGCAGGUAAGAAGCAGGCAUCCACGUCCCUCUACCACCAUCUACCCGAAACACUGGAGACCAAACACGCCAAGGAGGCCUAUCAGCUCCGCAGCGAGAUAAAGUACAAGGAGAAGGGUAAGAAGGGCGCAUCCUCUUCUCUCUACUCCCAGCUCCCUGAGACCACCGAGACCCAACUGGCCAAGGAGCUGUGUGACAUCUACAGCGAGGUCAAGUACAAAGAAGGUGGAAAGAAGGAGAUAUCUUCCAACCUGUACUCUCAACUACCUGAGACUGCAGAGACGCAGUUUGCCAAGCAGCAAUCAGACCUUCACAGUGAGGUUAAGUACAAAAGGGAGACCCAGUCAGAACUGGCUAAUUGCCUGUAUGCCCAGAUGCCCCUGACCAGUGAGAUCCAAUUUGCUAAAGAACAGUCAGAGGCACUAAGCGAGAGCAAAUAUAAAGAGGCUGGGAAGAAAGAGGCGUCCACCUCUCUGUACUCCGUGCUGCCUGAGACACUUGAGACACAGCACGCCAAAGAGGCCUCUGAACUUCAGAGCGAGAACAAGUACAAGGAGAGUGGCAAGCGCAUCCUCUCCACCAGCCUCUACUCUCAGCUGCCCCAGACCAUCAACACCUGCCAUGCUGCCAUGGUGACAGAUCUGCAGAGCGAGAAUAAGUACAAAGAGGAAGGAAAGAAGACUCUCAACAACUGCCUCUACUCCCAGCUCCCGGAGACGACGGAAAUGCAGUUUGCCAAAUCCGUUUCUGAGAUUCAGAGCGAGACCAAGUACAAAGAGGCCGGGAAGAAAGAGAUUGGUAGCUCGCUCUACUCACAGCUUCCAGAGACAAUGGAGACUCAGCAUGCCAAGGAGGUCUGCCAGAUCCUCAGCCAGAAUAAAUACAAAGAAGGAAAGAAGGAAAUCAACUCUUCCUUGUACUCUCAACUCCCGGACACCAAUGAGAUCCAGUUUGCGAAAGCAGUCUAUGACCUCCAGAGCGAGAAUAAAUACAAGCAGAAGGGCAAAGAGGAGGCCACCACCAGCCUGUUCCACCAGCUGCCGGAGACCCCAGAGAUGCAGCACGCCAAGCAGGUGGCAGAGAUCCAGAGCGAGCAAAAGUACAAGCGCGACACCUUGAGCGAGAUGCCAAACUGCCUGUACGCGCAGCUCCAAGAGACGUCCGAGACGCGCUUCGCCAAAGAGCUCGCCCAGAACGAGCUCAAGUACAAGGAAGGGAAGAAGGACAUGACCACCAGCCUGUACGCCGAGAUGGCAGAGACUAGGGAGACACAGCACGCCAAGGAGCAAUCCCAGCUCCAGAGUGAGAAAAGCUACCGGGAAAGUGGUAAAAAGGGAGCGGAAACAUCCCUGUACGCACAGAUGCCUCAGACUAUUGAAACCGUGUUCGCCAAGGAGGUGAACAAGCUUCAGAGCGGUAAACUGUACAAGGAGAAGUACGAGACGGAGAAAGGCAAGGCCAGCUACACCAACAUGAAAACCCUUCCCGACGUGGAGCACGCCAUGGACGUCAACAAGAAGCAGAGCGAAGUUGAGUACAGGAAAGGGAAGCUGGACAUGCACAAAUACAGUGACGUACUGGACAGACCAGACAUACGCACUGCCACCGAGGCCACCAAACUGGCCAGUGAUGUGGCGUAUAAGAGUAAGACCAAGGGCCUGGCUUACAAUGAGCAGGCCUUGCUGGAUAGACCAGACAUCGAACAUGCCAAGAAGACCUCUAGUCUGGCCAGCCAGGUGAAAUAUAAGGAGAAGUUUGAGAAGAACCAGAAAGGCCAGAAGCCCCAGUAUAACCCUGGAGACUGUGUGUCCUUCAAGCACACCCAGGCAGCCUCCGCACUGGCCAGCCAGGUCAAGUAUAAGAGUGGGCAGAAUAAUAUGCAUGAGCCGGCCACAGAUCUCCCCAACCUCCUGCAUCUGGGCCAUGCUCUUCAUGCCAGCAAGCUGCAGAGCAACGUGGAGUACAGGAAGAAGUAUGAGCAGUCCAAGGGUCGCUACCACAUUGCCCUGGAUACGGCAGAACAGCUUCACCACAAGGACAACCUUGUACUGCACAGCCAGUUCAAAUACAAGGAGGAUUACGAGAAAUCAAGAGGCAAAUCCCUGAUGGAGUUUGUGGACACUCAGUCCUACAAGGUUUCCAAGGAUGCUCAGAAACUGCAAAGCGAGAGAGAGUACCGUAAGGAGUAUGAGGACACCAUGCGGGGUAAAGCUCUGGUGGAUGUGGAUCUCACCCCAGGAUAUAUCACCGCCCGCAAUGCCACUAACCUCAUCAGUGACAAAGAGUACAAGAAGGACCUGGAGCUGGAGGUGAAGGGCAAGGGCAUGUCUGCUCUGGAGGACACCCCAGACCUGCUGAGGGCCAAGAACGCCAGCCAGAUCCUCAACGAGAAAGAGUACCGCAAAGAUCUGGAGAAAGAGAUCAUUGGCAAAGGUAUGGAGAUCAGCACCGAUACUAUGGAGAUCCAGAGAGCCAAGAAGGCCUCCGAGAUAACCAGCCAGCUGAACUAUAAGCAGACGGAGCACCUGAAAGAGAACUCGUACGGCUCACUGACUGACACCCCUGAGCUCCUGCAUGCUGCCUACCUGAAAGAUGUGUACAGCGAGAAAAAAUACAAGGAUGAGGCAGAGAAGCUGAAAGGGACGUAUGCUGCACUGUCUGACACACCAGAGAUGGAGAGGGUGAAGACCAACCAGAGGAACAUCAGCUCUCUGAGGUACUCAUGGGACUCUAAACUGAUGCGAGGACUGAUGUCCUCCGUCACAGAGACACCAGAAAUCGUUCUGGCCAGAGAGAACGCAAAGAAUUUCAGUGAAAUCAAGUACCGGGAGGGUGUUGGCAGCGGAACUGCUGUGAAGGAAACUCCGGAGAUGGAGAGGGUCCGCCGAAACCAGGAGAACAUCAGCUCAGUGAAGUAUAAGAAACCGUCGGGACAGGGCACGAGUGUGGGCAUCACGCCAGAGCUGGAGCGGGUGAAACAGAACCAGGAGAACAUUAGCAUGGCUAAGUACCAUGAGGACUUUGAGCGGGCGCGGGGCCAGGGCCGGGGCAGCACCCCGGGGCUGGAGGAGCACAUGGGCAUGGGGCCCCCUAUGGGCCAGCCCCACCACCCACACCAUCCCCACGCCCACCCCCACCACCUCAACAACCAGGUGAUGAGCGAGGCUGCCUACAAAGGCGUGCACCCGCAGGUGGUAGAGAUGGACCGUAGACCAGGCAUCAACGUAGACCUGAAGGUGUGGCGGACAGAUCCUGGGUCCAUCUUUGAUUUUGACCCAGUGGAGGAUAACAUUCAGUCUAAAAGCCUGCACAGGCUUUCUGAGCGGGCUAACCGCCUAAGCAGGCAGCAGUCCCAGCAGUCACUGCCCUCCAGAGCCCAGUCGGUCUGCAGCUCCAUUGGCUCGGAGAUAUGGGACAGGAGUGUGUCUGUUUGCAGCAGCAGCUCGGCUCUGCAGUCCCAGCAGGACAAAGGUGGGUACCACCAAGGGGGACAGCACCAAGGCUACUACAUGCACCAAAGCAGCAUGUCGUCAGUGAGGUCCGUCCAGUCCCCUCCACACUCCGCUACCCUGAGAGUGUACCGCGCUCUGUACGACUACGCCGCCCAGGACCACGACGAGGUCUCCUUCCGGGACGGUGACGUCAUCAUCAACGCCCAGGCAAUCGACGAGGGCUGGAUGUACGGCACGGUCCAGCGGACUGGCAAAUCUGGCAUGCUGCCCGCCAACUACGUGGAGUGUUUCAACUAGAGGAGGGAGAGAGACUACCCCGAGUAUUGGGAAUCCUUCCUGUUUUAGUUGGGGUUAGGGGUUAAAGGCCAGGGGGCGUGGUGUACCAUACUGUACCUUCACCUGGCCCUUCCACCUAAAAAUCUUGGAGGGAAACAAUAGAAGUCCUGGAAGGCCAUGAGAUCAAAUGCGGUCUAGUAAAAUCCCUCAAGCAAAACCCAUUUAUUUGCAGCCACAUUAGCUAAGCUGUUUAGAGAUCUACACAGGCUUAACCCGGACUGUAUUCAGCUUCUCUCGCGCCCGCAAAACACUCAUUAACACACAUCUUGGUUAAUGAAACUGUGAUUUUUAUCUAUGCUUAUUGGGUUUUAAUUUUAAUGUCUACAAAGAGAAAUUUGAAACAGUCUUUGUUCUACUCAGGUUGGAACAUUCAAUACUAAAAAAAUAUAAAUAUAGAGAGUAAGAGAUGAGCGUGUGUUGGAUUGGACGUACCGUAUAGUCACCCUCUGCCCACCAGGACUUCUGUUGGUAGGACAGACCUGCCUUGUAUUAUUCUUUUGCGUCUCUGUUUUUGUUAACUUUCACAGUAGAUGUUGUCACUAAUACAUUUUUUAUUGUUGUUUAUUUUAUUAUUAUUAUUAUAUUAUGAUUUACAAAGAAAAAAAAAGAUGAAGUACUGGGUGUCAGCCAGGUUCUGGAUUUUCAAAUUAGCUGUCCUGCAAGCAGCCGUAUAACCUGUUACGUUAUUAUUAAUUAACUUUUUUUGUUGGUCGUAUAAAGAAUAUUGUGUAAAACAAACUCUUCAGCUGUAGUCCAUUCAGUGCAGUAGGCAUAAUCAAUGUAUGCAACGACCUUGACUGUGGUGUAUGGCUAUAUACAAAUAUGCAUGUACAGAAAAGAACAAACUAAUUGAGAUCCAUAGUCAGUUGCUAUAGUUGAGAGCCAACUCUGUCCAAUCAGUGGCCAUUGAAUGGCUGUCUCCUUGAAGAAAAAUACAGAUGAAAUGAAACAUGUUUUGUGGCAGAUGUACUGUACUAGAAGCUUCAGCAAGUUGUUUUGAACUUUAUAUUGAGACCCAUGGCAUGUGGAGAGGGAGAAGAUGUCUAAAUGUAUUUUAUUAUCGCUGAAUCGGAAGCAUUGGAUGACAAUUGCAGCAUUGACUGGUUUUAAGUAAAGCUGGAACCAUGACAGCAAUAUUUCAUUCUGUCACUAAGAUACUAAGAAAAAUAUUUUACACAUUACUGCAGUAGGGUCAUAGCAAUGACCUUUUACUUCAUUAUUCUAAAUGGAAAGUGUAUUUUCCACAAUACCCAUUGUGAAGGAGAUUCUAGUAACCACUGGGCAUUUGUAAUUUAAUUUGCAAGUGGUAUAAAAUUAAGUCCCUGCAUAGUGCACACCAAUCUUGAGUUAUAAUUUACUUGUACAAAAAAAAUGUGUGUGUUUCUCUUCGUUGCGUUUAUUGUGUUAACAGUUACACUGUACCAGACAAUAAUUUUCUUUUGAUAACCAAUACACCUGAGUUUCUAUUAAUUGCGGUGGAUCACAUGUGUGGCAAAUAAACGGCUUUGUCAACA